AUGCCAAGUUUGAAUGCUUUGUACCUAAAAUCUGACCAAAUCACCUUCCACCCUGAAGCUAGAUCAUCCGGGUUUGACGCGGAAUUCUGGAAAUUGCAAAACCUUGCUUUUAUUAAGAAACUGAGGCUGGUAAACAUUGAGCUUUCCAAUGGGUCUAAUGGAAUCGAGUUAGCAAGGUAUGUCCUCGAGCAUGCUCAGAACUUGGAGAAAUUGGCGAUUGUGCAUUCACCUGAGCAAUCUAAUGCUAUAGGGAAGUUAAAUGAAAGCAAGAAAGCUCCCAAUGCCAUAGUUGUCUUUGAAGAAGAUCAAGAAAGAGGGACAAGAAAGCAUGGGCCUCGCGCAUUUUGGUUGUUUUCCCGAAUGCUGCAGAGACCUUUUUCUCUCGACUCAAUUUGGUCUCUGAACUUUGAUGACUAUGGCUAUCCUUAG